CGCCCAUUACCGAUGUGCCGCGCAUAUCUUGAAUCUUGCAGUUAACAAAGGGUUAAAUUUAAUUAGUGGGUCUGUUAAGAAAGUAAGAUCUCUAAUGUCUUACAUUAAGUCCUCUCAGCCGUGGAAAAGAAUGGAGCCUGCUUUGAACUUACUUGCCGCUGAUGAUCCAAAUGUUCGUCGGAGGUAUCUUGAUGAUGUUGAUCGUGUUAAUGUUGAUCCCAAUCGAACAUGCAACCUGCCUCCUUUCAGCAUCUAGUUAUCCAACACAUGUGUAUUGUGGCAGAUGCAAUUUACCAAAAGAUAAGUAACUAUUGGCCAAUUAUGAGUGAAUCUUCGCAGAUUUCUUCAUUAUUAGAUCCAAGGGUGAAAUUCUCUGCAUUUGAAGAUGAAAUUGAAAAAGUUAAUGCAAAAAAUUUGGUAUUAAAUUUAACUGAAUAUUCCUCCGCGUUAUCACCACUAGCAGAAACUACAACAGGAGAAACUGGAGAUGAUAUUGUAGAGACGCGAAAUUUCUUUCGAAAUCUACGUAACAACACUGUUAUGUUAGUAAAUAACAAUACAUUGGCAUCCAGAACACUUGAUCAUGAAAUGGAAAGGUAUUUAGCAAUACCAUUAGAAGACCAAGUUGAUCCCCUGCUCUGGUGGCAAGUUCGACGGGAAGAAUUUCCAAUUCUAAGCCGAAUUGCAUGAGAUUAUUUGUGUAUUCAAGCCACGAGCGUGGCUUCAGAGCAGGCUUUCUCAGUAGCAGGACUAACAAUUUCGCCAUUGAGAAAUAGACUGGAUGCCGAAAUAGCUAGAGUAACAUUGUGCUUGAAAAGUUGGAUUCGUGAAGCCAUUUGUUAAUUAGUCAUUUGGUGAAAUUAUUGUAUUGAAAUUGCUACAUAUAAAUAGAUCAAAACGAAAUGGAUUAAUUUAUAAUUCACUAAAACUUAAAUAAAUUUUUU